CCUGGUUCCAAUCAGAACAUACCAAAAGGAAUGCAACAGAUUCCAGGCGCAUUUGAGUAUGAUUACGCUUCGGUGAAUGGCGAACCUAGUUCCAAUCAGAACAAAUCGGCAGAAGGAAUACAACAGCGUUCAAUCCCAGACGCAUUUGUGUAUGAUUAUGCUGCUAUGGACGGAGAUCUUCGUUUUAAUAACAGAACAAAAGGAAUGUGCCAGCAUUCAAUCCCAGUGCGUAGGACACAUAACAAAGAAGAUAUCCCCACCCCAGCAAAUCAUGAGCCAAAUGAAUACAUCAAUAAAAAGGAGAAGCCUGAAGAUGGACUUUCAUCUGAGUCAGCCUACCAGCCCCUACAGAUAAAGUCCCCUGAAGAUGGCGUGUAUCAGUCAUUGGAUAAAACAUCAAGAGUUGUCAAUGAUAGUAAACGUCGAUAAUUUGAUCGAUUAAAAGAAAUUUAGCGCGUCUUGAUUAUUAAUAGAAGCCGACGUUGGAUAACGCACGCACGGCCAAUCAUCUUAGACUAUACUAUAAAUUUUUUGUGAGAUUGAAAAUGAAUACUCCAGUUUCGAAUUCUCCCAUGCUCUGUGUUGGCCUCAUUUGUGAGCAAAAUAUUCCUUAUUGUGAACAUAAAAUGUGAAAUUUCAAAUCAAUUUUAUUGUCUAUUUUCAAAAAUUCCAUGCGUUUUCUCUGAGCCUAGUAAUGGAACGAAAGAAUAUUUUGCUUGGACGUUUUGAGUCAACACAGAGCAAACAAGAACUCGAAAUUGGAGUAUUGCUAGGAAACCGCGGUUCAAAAAUGUUUUAUACGCAAUUUUAUUAUACAAUUCCUGUAGUCUUAAAUAUAUCAAUAAGUCAUGCUAAAAUUUUUAAAUUAAAAUAAAUUAAAAUGAUAUAAAUGAAAGGGUAAGCGAGUCAAUUGGUAAAGAGAAAUAUUAAAAUAGUACGUGGACAUCUAAUAAAAGCAUCAGCUUAAACAAUAAAUAGAAUAGGUUUUCCUUUAGCACGACUGUCAAAACACAUUCACUUUCGUGCCUUCCCAGCUAGUGUCGUUUCCUAGUGAAUAAAUUUUACCAGUCAUGGUUUUCCGCCGCAUGGAAACAGAAACAUUUUUUCUUUCUUUUUUGUUUGUUUCUUUUUUGUGGCAAUAAACCUUCCCUUGUAAGAGUCACUAUGCUUAGGAUCUUGGUAAUAAGGAUGCCACAUGAACCAGAUUUAGAAUAUCAUACACACGUACUAUAUAUAUUAUGUUCUCUGAUAAUUAAAAUUCGUUUGCCAAAAAGAAUAAAGAUGCUUGACCAACCCAGGCGUGCUAUUGGUUCGAACUAUGCAUCUUCAGCACCAGGAAGUUUGGAUUUUUCAUCUUUAUUUCUGAGUUGCAUUGGUGAAUAAUGUUGUUGUACAUCAUGCCUUUUGAUAUAUCAGAUCCUUAUUUAUCUUUCCCGAAAGUAUACAUCAUUCAUUCAGAUAAGAGUUCAUGAUCAGCAAAGAAAAGUUGGCAUCAAGGAAAAAUUUCCUUUUCAACGAUGAGGCCAAUAUCAUGGUUAUCUAUAAACUUUAUCAUCCUGUCAUUCAUAGCCCUAUGUCCUAGUGUGCACAAUACUGACAAUGGAGUUGUGGUUGUUAAACGCGAGCAAGAUCCCACUAACGAACACGGAGAGCCUGAUGGAUUUGGUUCUGAUUACACAUGGACAGACUGUAGAACUAGGUACAAAGCCAAUUUACUUUCACAAGGGUUCUGUCAAUGUCCGAGUAAAAAAAGCACAUAUUUCUACUUCAACGACCAAUGCAAUUCCAAUGUGGACAUCGAAAAUUUGAUCUCUCACGCUCAAGUUUGUUUUGGAGGUUUUUUAGAAUUCAAAUACCAGUCAAGAGACAGUCCAUAUCCUGUGUUUGAUCUAACAGAUACUCCACCGUCGGAGGACGUGAAUUUUAAAAACGUCAAAACCUUCCAUGGUCAGUGUAGAAGCAAACAUGUGUUUUACUUUGACGAUUCAAUAGGGAAGUUGCACAAAACAACGAAUUUUGUGAACAUAUUUUCUCUUAAAAAGGAAAAGCAGUUUGUACAUCUAGACUGGCGUCCAUUAUCYGAAUCCAUUUUAGACGGAAGGCUUAUCAUCAUUGAAUUCACAAACUGUACAAUAGAGGUUUGGAAGCCACCACGGUCAUCUGUCAGUAACCCUUGCAUUAUGUUCAAGGCUCAAGGGAGUUUAAUAUUUCCUGAAAUUGACUUAUCAACUAAAACUGCAGUACCAAGUAGCUCUACAAAAUCACCUCUGAGUCUAUAUUCAGCUAGUCCUUCUUCCACUAUCUUGUCUGGUUCGCCGCACUCGACAUUAUCAACGCCACCAUCGACAUGGUUAAAAAUACCAACACAAACACCAUCAGCAACACCAUCACCAUCACCAUCAUCAACGUCAACACUACAGAGCACAUCAACCGUUCUUCCUGGAAUUCUUCCAAUAAAACCAACCAGUUCCCCAAACCCAACCAGUAGUAAAAGCCCCGAAGCCGCCAAGAAUGUCUCUUCCCAUACUGGAGCCAUCGUGGGGUCCGUUAUUGCUGUACUUGCCGUUGCACUCGUAGUUGUCUUCGUGGUCUUAAUUUGCCGAAGACGGAAACAGAAAACCUGGCGCAGAGAAACAGGAACCCAACAUUCUACAAACAACCCGACGUAUGGCCGUAGAAACACCACAGAAACAAUAGAAUUACCACAGCCAAGAAACACAGCAAAGAAAGAAGAUGAAUUUGAGUAUGAUUACGCUGCAAUGGACGGCGAUCCUCGUUCCCCUGGUUACCUAAAAUCCAAUCACAGCAAAGGAAACGGAGUAUACCAAAGUUUAAUGCCUGACUCACAGCAAGCCUCAGUUUAUACUCCGUUGAACAGAGAGAACAUCAUUGUAUCAGACCAGCCAAGUGAAUACAAUAAAAUAGAACGUCCAUUGUUCAAACCAGCUCGUCCUACAGACCCACUUUACAAUGUUCUUCAAAGACCCGAUGAGAGCAAUGACGAUUAUCUAGAACCAGGGGUGCAGAUUUGUGCAAAAGAGCCUACGUCAAACAGGGACCUCCCAAUUAAUGAGCCUGUUUAUAACGUCCUUGAGGGCCCUAAUGAUGAUAAUGAUAGCGCCCCAGAGAGUGAUAUGGGACACAUGGGGCACUAUCGCCUUGAUAGUGAUGGCUACGAAUCUACUUUUGAAAUGAUGCCAGUACUAAGGACAAAAGAUGACCCUACAUAUGAAGCACCAUCUGGUCCUUUAUCUGAGUCUACCUACCAGCACCUAGAUAUAAAGUCACCUGAUGACGGCAUGUAUCAGCCUUUGGAUCAAGCUUCAAGAGUGAUUGAACACUCUUGUAUAUAAGCGCAAAAGUAAAAAAAGUUGCGAAACUGAAAAACUAUCAAAACUACGACUGAAUCAGGCAACCCCUCUCUCUCAUUGGCUGUUAAAAUCUGUGAUGCAUUUCUGCAAUAAAGAUUUUUUGCUA